AUGAAUACCUUGAAAAAUGAAAGCACUCAAUUAAUACAAAUGAAAGAAAAGGAAUUCUAAAAAACUUAAAAAAGAUAUGAGAGAAGUCUGGGCGACAUUAAAUCUUGCUACGAGAAAAGUAGUAAAUAAGUUAAUGAAAAUUUAAACGAGCUUGAACUCAUGGCCCAAGAAAUGAAAUAAAGUAGAGCAAAAUUAAGUUUAAAAAGAGAAAUCUAUAUGAGAACUGUAGAGCAGGAGAUAUCAAAUAAUCAAGAUGAUCUGAUAACUUAAAGUGGCAGAAUAAAUCUGAAAAACUUAAAUACAGAUAAUGCUAAUAGUUAUAAUCAGAGAACUUAAUCAAUAGAUUAGCUUGAACAAACAAGUAAAUAUAGCAUAAUAUAUACAAACAGAAACUAAGGUUAAGAUUAAAAUAUGCAGAGCAUAGAUAAUGAAGUAAAAGCUUCUGCAAGAGGUGGAUAUAGCUAGGUGAAUAAUUCAUUCCUUGAGAAGACAACUCCAAGAAGUAGCAGACCUUCAUUUAUAGAACCGAAAUAGAGCAAUAAACCAUAAGCAAUGAUUAAAAACUAUGCAAGUGUUCCAAAAAAUAACUCAAAAAGCAAAAGCAAACAUUAAAAACAUAAAGAAAAGAGCUUUGAUGUCAUGAAUAGUAUAGAUCUUAGUAAUAUAGUGAAAAAAGAGUCUGAAUAGAGCACUAAUUUAAAAAAAAACUUUGGAGAGAGCAACAAAAAAGUAGAUGAGUCAGUUUAUGCUCCAGCAUUUAUUCUUGGAGAAAGGGAUCCGGAAUGGGAUUCUUUUCUUGAUGACACUAAAGUUCAUCUUUUCAGAUAAGUUUAUGCUCUUUAAAAUAAAGUUGAUCCUUCAAUUUUAAAAUCACCAAAAAGAAUUGAUUAAUGUUCAACUCCUAAAAAUAGAAAGCAGAAUGAAAAAUCCAAGAAUAACAAUUAUUAAGCUAAUUCUCUGUCAAAAUCUACUAAAAAAUAAGGCAGUUUAUAGAAAACUUCGGAUGAAAGAGAGAAUAAUAAGCAAACAUAUAAAAUUUACUCAAAUUUUCAAAGUAAUCAUAAGACACAUUAAAAUAGAUUGAGAGACUCUUCGAAUAAAAAAUAUAAAUUUACUGAUGUUAAACUUCAAGAAAUGUUAGAUGUGUCAAAUGCAUUUACUACUCAUUCUCCACUACCAUCUCUACCAACUGAUGAAAAAUAAUAUCCAAAUAAGUAGUCUUGUUAAAAGGAAUUUAUGGAUGUUCAAUUAGAAGAUUUGAUGAAUGUAAAAUCUCUAUCUAUAUCAUUGAGAACAGCAACAGAUGCCGGUGCUUUUCUUAAUGAAGAUAAUAAUAACAGUUUUUUAAGGUCAGACAAUAAAAAAUCAAAUUUUAAGUUCAAUAGCAAUAUUCAAAAGACACACCAAAUUAAUCAAACAAGCAUGUACUACUAAGAGGAUGAUUCUAUGAUUUAAGAUAAAGAUAACUAGCAAUAAUAUACGAUUGAAAAGAAAGAUAGAAAUUAUAUUAGAAAUAUUAACAAAGAAGUAUUCAAUAUCAUUGAUGAGCACAAUAAUAAUGGAGAGUUAACGGGAAAUAUUUUAGAAGAAAGUGAUUCCUCCUACUCAAAGACUGGUCAAAUAAAUUUCUAAGGUACAUAGCAAACUCUUGAAUCUUAGUUCAGCAGAGAGCACUUGAGAAGUGAUAGUGCAAAUGAAUACGAAGAGUAUAAAAUGUCUUCAAUACAUGAGGAUGAUAAAAUCAAUAGUAUAAGCAAAAAUAAAAAUUCAGACCUACCAGAUAGUUUUAAAUCUACCGCUGUAAUGGCAGCAUUAGGUGAAAAUAAGCAAUGCUUGGACAAUAUUUCAUUUUCCUGUAAUCAAUCACAAAUACCCACACCAGCUUUCAAUUAUAGAUAAAAGAGCUCAUAGAAUGAAUAUCUUGACUAAAGUGAGAGAUCUCUAAGUAAUAAUGAUCUGAUUCCAAGAAGAAAAGGAAAUUAUUUGCUAUAAAAUCAUUUAAAAUUAAUUGAAAAAGUUACUGAAAAGUAGGAAUUUUCUAAUUAAAACUUUAUCACCAAUAAUAAUUACAAUGAUGCUACAGAUUUAAGCAGUAAUUUUAACACUUUGAAUACACAAUCAUCACAGAAAGAGCUAUUAUCUAAUAAUUCAUAAUCAUUUAUUAGUUAAAAGCAGAUUUAAAAUAAUAAUUCAAAGCCUUAACUAAUUCAUUUUGUUCCUAGAAGCAGCUCAGCCAAUACAAACUGCAAAAUAUAAAAAUUGAAACUAAACAUAGUUAAAAAAGCAGCAAAUCCUUCUUAAUUACAACAAGACCAAAACUCAAAUAGAACUACCAAUUAGUCAAUGAUAACUAUUAUAGAAAAGAAAAGUUUAAAGAUAGUCCCGAUAAGGUAACUCUAAUAACCUGAUAGAAGUAUUAAUAGUAGUGUAAUCUACAGUAUUCCUUAAAAGAAUGGAUUAUUGUCAGUGUAGAAUAAGAGAGCCAAUAAUAUAUCUUCACUUGUUUGA